CCUCCCCAUUUUCGGCCCCAAGCCGACGACUUCGAAGUCGAAGCCAACGUUGCCAUGGACGCGCUGCUGCCGCUGGCGGGGACCUCCCUGCGCUCCGUGGCCACGGUCGCGGCCUGCGCCUCUGUGGGGGCCUACGCCCGGCGCCAAGGUAUCCUCGAUGAGCGGUCAGAGAAGUUCUUGGACCAGUUCAUUUCUUCGGUGUGUCUUCCUUGCCUGAUCCUCCGCAAGGUGCCUCCCUUGAUCAGCUUUCAGCAGCUGCUGACGACCUGGCCCCUACUACUGCUGUGCCUUUGCACCGUGGUGUAUGGGCUGCUGGCCGGCGCUGCGGCGGCCAGGCUGCUGAAGCUGCGCAGCUUCAGCGGAUUGAUCAUGACGGCGGUGGCCUUCCCCAACUCUUUCUCCGUGCCGAUGACUCUGCUCUUGGCCCUGGGCCCUCACCCGGCGCUGCAGGCUUGGGACGCCUCCGAUGCGUCCGAGGCGACGGCGCAGGCGCUGCACGACCGAGUGGUGGUGCUCUUCCUCAACAGCUUCCCCAUUUGGGUGGUGGCGCGCUGGGGCAUCGGCUUUCCCGUCUUGUCAGGAGCCUUUUCCUUCCAGCAGUGGCGGAAGAAGGUGCUGAACCCUCCGGUGAAGGCCUGUCUGCUGUCUUUGCCCGUGGGCUUCGUGCUGCACUACUGCGAAGGGGUUGACUUCCAGAUCUUUCAGCCAGCCGUGACCGCGGUGGACUUCGCGGGGCGCUGCUCGGUGCCGCUGCUGCUCAUGGUGCUGGGCGCCAAGGUGGACGGAAUUGCCGUGGAAGUGUUCGCUGCAGGUGGCAAGGGCAAGAGCUACGAGGCCCUGCCUUCGCCCUCCAAGCCGGAGAGUGUAAAGAUCGGAGUGGGGGACUGCGAGAAGGGGCCGGCGGUGGAACAGGAGCCUAAGAUCCAGCUCGAGCAGCCGCCUCCCAGUGAGAUGCCUUUGCGGGGACACCUGGCGGUGCUUCUGCUGCGGCAACUCUUUGGCGCGCUGCUGGGCUUGUUGGUGGCCUUCGGAGUGCGACGAUGCGGCGUCUCAGACAAAGUCUUGCUUAUGACGCUUCUGCUGCAGAGCUGUGGGCCACCGAUGAUCAAUCUCUCCGUGAUGGCCGGCGUGAGCGGAACGGCGCAGAAGGACGCGGCCAAGGUUUUGCUCAUCACCUACCUGGCCUCAGUCUUUACCUGGGUAAUGUGGACCGCGAUCUUCCUGUCCUUCUUGUGAGCUCCGCACCUAUUGGGUAAUUACUCGGGCUCACUUUUUCUGGGGAUUAGUUUUUCUGGGGCAUAGCAGAUCUGUGCUUUUGCCGAUUUCCACCCGGAAAUCCCGCUUUGGCUUGGGCCAAAGCAUUCUCCGUGCGGAGUUCAGGGCUCUUUGUGCUUUCCCCUUUUUCACCAC